GGCUCUUCCCUCCUCUCCUCUCCUCUCCUCUUCCCUUAUGGCGGCCACAGGGAGCGACGAGGAGGAGGAGGAGGGCGGCAUGGACGCCUUCAUGGACAGGUUCCGGGGCCCGGAGCGCUACGAGGGGGCUUUCUGCCCGGACACCUGGGAGAAGGAAUUUGACCAGGUUCCAAUGUUCAUGAAGAAACUCCCCUCUGAAAUAGACCCGAAGCAGAAUCCAGACCUGGCUUGCCUUCAGUCUCUCAUUUUUGAUGAAGAUCAGACCUCUGAAGAGCAAGCCAAGGCGUAUAAGAAUGAGGGCAAUGCUUACUUCAAGGAAAAGGAUUAUAAGAAAGCAAUCCUAUCUUAUACAGAAGGUCUGAAAAAGAAGUGCAGCGAUGUGGAACUGAAUACUGUGCUUCACACAAACAGAGCUGCUGCCCAGUUUCAUUUGGGCAACUACCGCUCUGCUCUCAAUGAUGCGAUCACAGCAAGAAAACUGAUGCCCAACCAUCUCAAAGCAAUAACAAGAGGAGCACUGUGCCAUUUGGAACUCAAGCAUUUCUCUGACUCCAUGGUGUGGUGUGAGGAGGGGCUGAAAAUCGACCCAAAGGAAAAAAAGCUCCUGGAAACUAGAGCCAAAGCUGGCAGACUAAAGCGUACUGAAGAGCGGGAUUUCAGAAAAGCAAAACUGCAGGAGAAAAAGGAACAGUCUCAGAAGGAAGCCUUACUCAAAGCAAUCAAGGAUCGUAAUAUCAAAUUGUCUGUGGCAUCCUCUGAAGACGAAACUGAGACAUCCGCAGGCCUUGCUGAGAUGUCUUUAGAUGGACUUAGUUCAGAAAACACAAUUGGUGCCAAAGUCCACCUAGAAGAGGAUGGCAGUCUUACUUGGCCAGUGUUGUUCCUGUAUCCAGAGCAUGGGCAAAGUGAUUUCAUCUCUGCUUUUCGUGAAGAAUCCAGCUUUAUUGACCAUUUAAUGGUUAUGUUUGAAGAGCUACCUCCCUGGGAUUCAGAAAGAAAGUAUACUCCCAAUGAACUAGAGCUUUAUUUUGAAGACGAAGAAAGAAGAGAGAUAUACCAAAUUGACACACAAACAACAUUAUUACAAGCACUACAACAUCAAAGAUACUUUGUGAAAGCUGGGACUCCAACUUUUUUUGUUUUGGUAAAACAUGCUCCUUUCUCGGAGAACUACUUCCUUGGGAAAAAGGUUCAUCGAUUUAACUGAAUGAGGACAAAUGCUUCAAAAGAAAAAGGACAACAUCUAAGGAAACCAUCUUCUUCAGACACUGAAACUGGAAAGACUAGAAAAUCUUCUACAGAUGCCUUUUGUACUGCAGUUUGAGGCAGCAACCCUCCUGAAACUCUGGCCUAUGCAAAAGUAUUCUACAGAGGAAUAAAAGACUUAGAAUAUCUGCCAAAAA